AUGCUUUUCAUCUCCGGCAUGUUAGUGACAGUACUCUUGUGGGGAGAGGUCACUCACGCAGCCUGGCUACAGGGGCGCUCAGCUGCCAUUCUGUCUGCAUUCACCCUGGUGGCGAGCAAUGUCCUGGCAAAAACUUUGCUGCUAUCACCGCAGUUUGGAAUUGGCGUGUUGGAUCUCAUCUAUUCACACUGUCUUUCGUUGGCCUUUCUCGGUGCUUUGUUCACCAAGUUGCAUCCCGAAAAGCCCCUGGUGGUCCCGGACGGUGCAGAGCAAGCCGUCCAGGCCUUGUCGGUAGGCUUCUUCUCUUCUGCCUGCUCCAUGCUCUUGCUGGGCGGCCUCUACGUUGGACCUGCUACGGCUGUGCUGCUCGUGAUCGCCCUGCAGUCCAGCAUUGCGACCUUGUGGAAGCACUACUUUUCUGAGACCAUCGAGGCCGAGGAGCACCUCGCUGCGCCCCUGCUUCUGAUCGCUGUGUUGGUCGGCACGGUGAUCGGAGCCCGCGAGGAGGGCGGUGCCCUGGAGCGUGAAUGGAUGUGGAGUGCCUUCUUUGGGCUUUGUGCUGCCGUGGGUCGAGCCACCUGCGCACUGCAGCAACGGAAUUUUGCCUGUCAGAUGCACCAUGCUGCUUGGACACCAAAAACCUGCUCGUUCGGCCUCAUCAUGUUUGGGCCCAUUGCUGCGGCCUACCCUCAACAUGCGCGUGCCAUACUGACCAUGGAGAUGCACAACUUGGCCCCACUGGUGCUCUUCGGGGUCCUGAGCCUCAUGUCCACCUUAGGCAUGCUCAAGGCAGCCAACAGCAUGUGGGGGACGAUGUCCGAAUCCAGCUACACCUUAGUGUCAGGCUUGUCCUUGUGCCUGCAGUUCGUGGCGGACUUGACGGUCUUUUCGGUCAAUUGGGCACGCUUCACUCAGUCCAGCAUCGCCUUAGCUGCCACCUGCAUGAUCUUCUCCUAUGCGGUCUCGUACAAGCAGGUGCUCCGGGCUGAGCAGUGCUUUACAUCGGCCUACAGUUUGUUUGAACCGCAGAACUUCGAACAAGACAAUAGGAACGCGUCCCUCCUUCGUUGGUCCGGGAUGGAGAACGGAUUCCGCCAGCAAAGGCUCAGAACGGAGCUGGCCAUUGAAACGGAUAUUUGCCGCAAGGGUGCAGCACAAUACUAAACAAGGUUCAUCGACCUAUUGAACAGAUUUGAAUGUGCUGCAGGCUCUCUUCAUUUUUUCUAGAUUCACUGCGGGGACGCACAGAUACUCACAGCCUCUGGGCCAUUACACGCCCCACGAGCCAACGAGCUCGAGUCUCACCCUCUCAGAAGGAUGACAUUUGUGGAUCAAAGAGAAAACACCAAACGGGUGCAGCACUGGGUGCUGCAAACCGCUGAGGUCAGAAUUUGGUUGUUUGCCAAGUUGCCUGAAACUGUUCUGCAUGGUGACAAUCAGUUUCUGACAAUAUGUUUUGUUUUGGAUGCACCAAAGAUUUGACCUACACGGCCCGGUGUUUGUGUGUUCGACAAGAGGAGUUGAAAGCCAUGAUUUGCCGCAGUAGAGAGAGGCCGCAGAAUGCCAUAGAACUGAGGCAAUGUUCCAUGGUUUGGCCUUCUUUCGUACCAGGGACAUGGACUAAAGCAACUCAAAGCCAGCCCGGUUGCUAACAACCAGGCUUGGAGUUAGCUGGAGGAAAACUGAAACAGUCUUGUGCUUGCAUAGGGGCAGUGGAUUAGUGAGCCACAUUGAGCAACCCAAGAAUUUGGGUGGAACUGACACAAGUGCCUUCCUCACAUGGUUUUUGGAAGUGCAAGGUGUCGCACAAAAAGUUCGUAGUUGACCUGAUGCAGUCAGAAGCA